GUGGUCCCACUUUGCGGGUUCCUUGGGAAACCUUGUGGUGGAUUCGAGGUUCGGGAAUUUCUAGCCUCUCCUGUAUAAGACUGCUCAUAGCCCAUAACUUUCAGGUUCAAACACCAAUUUCGUCGCUUUUCCCUUUCAUUCGACAGCUGUCCCAAGCAGUUUCUCAGAUUUUGCGUAGCGCUUCAGUCCAGAUUCAGCUUAGUAGCCGGUUAGCGGUCCUGCAUAGCAGCAACUUGCUGGCACUCCUUUAGCUCGCUCGGAUUAUUUCUCGUGAAUCUCAGUGGUUGGCGAUUUCUUACCUUCGUAAGGCGGAAGGACUAAGAACAGGCUAUGGCGAACAUCCAUUCCCUAUGGAACGACGUCACGUCUUUCUUCUCGCCAGCAGACACCUUGCCAUGGACGGACGAGAAAACCAUUCAGGCAUGUGAGAGGGACGUGUUGGACCCCGGCCAGGCAGCAGCCAGCAGAGACAACCUGAUGAAGCUGGCGUGGGCGCUGGUGCACUCGAGGAGAGAGGCGGAUGUGGUGCGCGGGAUAGCCAUGCUGGACGAGCAACUGAGAGCCGCAACAGACCCUCAGCAGAGGCACGAGGCGCUUUACCUCAAGGCCGUUGGGUGCUACCGAGCCGGUGACUUGCAGCGGGCCAGGCAGCUGGUGGAAGAUGCGCUCAAGAUAUCUCCCACAUCCCAUCAGGCAGCCAGGCUCAAGACGUGCAUAGAGAGCAAGAUAGCCUCAGAUGGCGUGAUUGGAGUGGGGAUUGCGGCUAGUGCAGUUGCUGUUAUUGGCGCUGUUGCUGUGGCAGCUAUUGCCGGAGCUGCUGGGGGGAGGAAAUGAUGCCCACACUACAUGUGGCUUGCUUCAGUUCACAUAAGCCUUUUUUUGCGAUGGAUAUUUUUUGUGAGUAGUGUGUCUUUUCUACAAGCCGUGCUAUGAUUAUCGUAUGCUACGUUCAUGAUGGGAUCUUCGCUUGUUUCUCUUGCAAUCCAAUCCGGCUCAAACCCGUGUUAUGCGUGGUAUUGCUGGUAGAAGGUUUUCCUGCCAACGUAAGGUUUGUUAUCAGGCCCAAUAGCAUCGUAAGCUGUAAUGCAAAGCGUGUGAGGUAUUUGAGUUGUGAUACAAAUUAUUAAUCGUAUGUGGUUAUAGGAUUA